AUGGCGUUUAAAGCAAAAGCCCAGUCCUUAGGAGUUAAUUAUAUUAAAUCAGAGAUAAUAGGGUUUAAUAUUAAAAAUACGGGACAAACGGACAGCAAUGGAAAUGAUGUGCAAACUUGUAAUGAAGUAAUUAUUAGAGAAUCAGACGGAACAGAGAAAUGUGUCACAUUUGGCACCGGUAUUGUGUGUUGUGGCGCUUAUUCUGGUCUAAUAGCAAGAUAUUUGGGAUACGGAUCACACAAAUCUGGAGUCAGAUCUGUUGCACUGCCAAUUGAACCCCGAUAUGUUUAUGUGAUUCACUGCAACGACGGCCCCAACUCUGAGAGUCCUCUUAUGUUUGACACUUCGGGAGUGUAUAUCCGUCCCGAAGGAAAGGGAGGCAACUAUUUGUGCAGUCGGUGUCCGGAAGAGAGUGAAGAGCCAAAUGUGGACUCUCUAGAAGUGGACGAAUCAUUCUUCGAGUGCAAAUCAUCGGUAGAGAUCCUUAUUAUGACAAUAUCUAUUGGGGCGCAGGGUUUAGUGGUCACGGCAUUCAAAUGGCACCGGCAGUCGGACAGGCAAUCAUGGAAUUGA